AUGGAUUGCCAUCCGACAGCCUUUGACUUCCACAAAACACAAGAUUUCAGGGUAAAAAUGUGCACAGGAAAUGUUUCAUCUAGUUAUUACUGGAAGGUCGCGCACCAUGAAAUGGGUCACCUGGUGUAUUAUAUGGCAUAUAAGGGACAGCCAGAUAUUUACCGUAACCCGGCCAAUGCUGCGUUGGACGAGGCAGUUGGAGAUACGAUUGCGAUGUCUUCUUUGACUUUUGACCACAUGCGACGGCUGGGUUUUACCCAAGACCGACCACUGAAUCAAUACGAAAGUAAUAUAAAUCUUCUCAUGCACGAAGCUUUGGAGAAAAUACCGAUGAUCGCUUUCAGUUACAUGUUGGAGAAAUGGCGUUGGGAUGUGUAUCGAGGAGUUAUCUCCCCUUCAAAUUACACCGAAUCAUGGGUCCGUAUGAGGCGCCAUUUUCAGGGUAUCCACCCACCACUGAGUCGUUCCGAGUCUGAUUUUGAUCCAGGUUCAAAGUAUCAUAUUGCAGUAGAUAUACCAUAUAUAAGUUUCUUCUUCUUCUUCUUCUUCUUCUUCUUCUUCUUCUUCUUCUUUCUUUCUUUCUUUUCUUCUUUCUUUCUUUUCUCUUCUUUUUCUUUUUUCCUUUUCUUCUUCUAG